AGUCGGCCUUUAGGCGCAAUCGCACGGCGGGCAAGAAGAUUUCCUGCUGCUUCAAAAUAGUCGUUCCGUUGCUAGGAAACAACUGUAAAUACAAACAAUUUUUUCUUCCAAAUCGCAGCAGUGGAAAAUUCUUUUGUUCUUAUUUUGUAUGAAAUUCCGGAAUCUACCCUGGUAAAAUGCCAAAACUGAAGCGCACAUUGUGAGACUUCCCCAGGAUGUCCGGCCAUUUACGGUCAGUCUUUGCGAAUUCGUGUAUAAAGAAGCCUUUGAGUCCGAAAAGUAAACACCCGAAUCCGUCCUAUCUGGUUCCGCAGUGUAGCCUGGAUCGAGGUCCAGACGACCCUCAGGCCCAGGAAAAUCUUAACAUGAUUACUCGAAAAAAGGCCAACAGCAAGUGCCCUCUGGCCAGGACAGGUCAUCAACGCCGUCCCAAGUGUUGCUCAAUCACGCACCAACUAAGAAAAGAAACUGAUAACUUCCAAACCUUGGUUAAGUUCUAUGAUAGUAUUCCGGAUUAUGAGGACCUGCACCAUCUACCGAACGAUGAGUUCUAUUGCAAACUCAACACUCUACGUAAGAAGCAGCAAGAGCUUAGAUUUACAUGCUCUAAUGGGUACGAAACUAGAUGUAACGGAAGGCAACUGAAACCUUCUGUUCCUCCUGUUGAACAACCCGCAGAUAAUGAAUCAUUCCACUCUUGGAGUAAAUCUCCGCCUGCAACAACCGGAAUCCUUAAUGGGACCCGCAAGGGUUCUGCCAAAUCAGUUCGUAUCGAAACAACCAAAGAGGACAAUGAAUCCGAGGGUAGAGCCUCUCGGAGAAAGUUCCGCGCCGGUACACCCUUCGUUUCCGACCACGAAGACAGUACCAAGAACGCCUCGACUUGUACCACGCCCAUCAAUUCAGAUUUCGUCGAACGCUACGAUCGCUACGUCAAACGAAACCUUCGCUGUAAGUCGGCUUCUCCUAUUCGAGACUACUCCAAAAUCACGGUUCCACAGCCAUACAAAAUGACACAACGCGAAGAGGAGGAGCGAACACUACAAGAACUGCUUAUUGCCAGCAAGAACGCGUUUUCUUCGAAAGAAGCUCUCAACAAGCCCAUCCCUAACACCAUCAAAGCCAACCCCAUCCCGAUAACUUCACGCAUUCCUCUGUUCAACACCAUCAUGGCCGAUCAGGAAUACCGCAAUCAACUGGCCAAACUCAACUCCGAGAUCGAGCUUCAAUCGCAGAUCAAGCCGUUUCACUUCAGUGAACGUCUCAAUCGCCCGAACAACCGCUGUCUGAGCCGUAGUCUGUCGUCACCAGCUCUGCUCACGACCGGUUUCGAAUCCGACCAUAAACCAGCGACGUUCAAGGCGAAGCCAUGCCCCAAAAACCUGUUCAGCAAUUACUUCUACUUCAAGAUGUGGGAAGAUGAGUACUUCCGCAACAUGACCAAACGAAUCCGGGCCGAGGAGUUGAUGAAGCAGUCCCAUCUGCCGCCGGCGAUGGCCCGCAGAGACAAGCAGCAGCGGAAAAACGUCGCGCUACUUCGUAGCGAGGAAGACGCUUCAUCGAAGAAGAGCAAGCGGAAACAGCGCAAGUCGAAGCGAAGUGCCAAGCGGAAGAAGAGCGUCGAGGAGAAGUGUUCUGAGUAUUUUGCAAGCGUGGGCCACGUGUUUGGGGAACCCACGGCUUCGUCUCAUCAACCGAAGGUGUCAUCGAAGCUGCUAUAUCCAUCGAGUAACUCGAGUUACAGCACAACCGUAGACGCUCAUCCACCGAGCAGUAAUCCCGCGCCCAUCUAUCCGGUCAACAGACCCAACUUAGCGGCUACCCUCCGCACUGAGUGGUGUCGGAAGAAGUUGCGGGAGCUCAACCUAGAGGAUAGUGUUAGCAUAAAGAAGACACCGAAGUUUCAUUGGGGUGUCAAGCGAUCGCAAGCCUUCCAGAACCUGAAUUUGGAUCAAACCCAUCAGGAGGAGUUGAACCUGCGGUUGGCGACACGCCGAGCAGAGCAGAAGCUGAGACAGGAGGAGCACGCCGUCAACAUGGAGCUGAUGAGACAGCGAGUGAAAGCGGCACCAUUGCUACUGGAAGGGCCACCGCAGUGGGGACCUCGAUUGGGCCACGUGGCUCACCGUUGCAUGCUGGGUGAUAAGGAUUCGGAUCCGCUGUUCCGAAAGAGUACGCUGGAUAAGGGUGGCGGUAAAGGUACAAAGAAGGGCUUAAGGAAGCGAGAAUCGUCCGGGUGUGGGAGGGCAUCCACUGGUGGACAUCAGCAUCAAGAUCACGCUCAUGGUUUGAGCGAUAAGCAUCGAAGUUUGAGCGGAAGCAAACUCAGCAACUACUCGAUGGAUUCGUAUGGGAAAAUCAGUUCAAAGUUCUGCGACAGCGAAGGACUGGAAAGCUUCACUGCUGAUGCCUAGAAGACAGAUGAGGUUUAAGCUUUAUCAAGGAAUGUUAGGCGACACUUUCGGUGUGUGAACAAUCAGAUCUUUGUGUUGUUGAACAAGCUUAGGUUAAUGUAAGGGUUUGUCGAUUUCAGGUCAUUUUUCGGAAAUCCGUAAUGCAUUCGGCAUACGUCUUUCCGAGAAGUGCUAGGAAAUCGUCUUGUUUACGUAGUAGUGCAAUAUGUAUUUAUGUCUGUGUAAAAGAAUAAACAAACAACGCGUGAAAAA